GCGCGGCCCCGGCCCCGCUCCCGGCGGCGGCAUGGAGAACUCGCAGCUGUGCAAGCUGUUCAUCGGCGGCCUCAACGUGCAGACCACGGAGGCCGGGCUGCGGGAGCACUUCGCGGCCUACGGCACCCUGACCGACUGCGUGGUGGUGCUCAACCCGCAGACCAAGCGCUCCCGCUGCUUCGGCUUCGUCACCUACUCGGCGGUGGAGGAGGCCGACGCCGCCAUGGCCGCGUCCCCCCACGCCGUGGACGGCAACGCGGUGGAGCUGAAGCGGGCCGUGUCCCGGGAGGACUCGGCCAAGCCCGGGGCUCACGCCAAGGUGAAGAAGCUCUUCGUGGGCGGCCUCAAGGGGGACGUGGCCGAGGGGGACCUGGUGCAGCACUUCAGCCAGUUCGGCCCCGUGGAGAAGGCGGAGAUCAUCGCCGACAAGCAGAGCGGCAAGAAGCGCGGCUUCGGCUUCGUCUACUUCCAGAACCACGACGCGGCCGACAAGGCGGCCGUGGUCAAGUUCCACCCGAUCCAGGGCCACCGCGUGGAGGUGAAGAAGGCCGUGCCCAAGGAGGACAUCCAGGCGGGCGGGGGGGGCGGCGGCGCGGCCAGGCCCUCGCGGGGAGGCCGAGGAGGAGGAGGAGGAGGACGGGGCCGGGGCGGCGGCGGAUCCGGCAACCGGGACCACAACGGGCUGGCCAAGGGAGGCGGCGGUUACAACAGCUACGGCGGCUACGGCGGGGGAGGAGGCGGCGGCGGGUACGGCUCCUACGGCGGCGGCGGCGGCUCCUACGGAGGAGGCGGCGGAGGCGGCGACUACGGCAACGGGUACGGCGGGUUCGGCAGCUACAGCCAGCACCAGUCCUCCUACGGGCCCAUGAAGAGCGGCGGAGGAGGCGGAGGAGGGGGCGGCAGCUGGGGGGGCCGCAGUAACAGUGGACCGUACAGAGGAGGCUAUGGCGGGGGAGGCUACGGGGGCGGCUCCUUCUGAGCCGGAGCGCCCGUACCCGCCGGGGGGGCGGCGUGCAGAGCCCUCCCUCCGGCACGGGGCAGCUUCGAAAUGGUUUCUCCCCUCGCCCGCCGAAGGGCAGCUCCUUUUAAAUGCCUCCCCGCUGUGGGAGCAGCUCCUAAAUGCCCCCUGGGGGUCGCCUCUGCUGCCUGUGCCACUUCUUUUCUCUCGGAAGAUGGACUGGGCCCCACACACACACAUACUUUGUGUUACAGUCAUUGAUGGACUCUAUUUUUUUAUUAUUACUUGGACCUUGGUCGUUUUUAUACUAGCAACGAAAAAUGUCUUGUUUUAAUUUUUUUUUUGGGGGUGGGGGUACGGGGUGGGAAGCGUCUUGCUGAUCUGGAGUAAAAACUGGGGAGGGUUACGGGGGAAUUUUCUUUGUUGUAAGGACUCGAUACCUGGCUACUACAUUUUUUUCUACCAAACCUACUCGGAUCCCAUGACUGAAAUUAACAUUUCUGUAAAGGAGGAAAAAAAAUCGUUUUUACGUUUUUUAUUUUUUAAAUAAAUCAUUGUGUUCAUUGACCUUU